AUGCAUACAAUCAUUCCGAUCGUGUUAUACAUCACCUCUUCAACUUACUGCCACGUGAGUAGAUACAAAUUCGUAAAAGACACGAGGAAACAUUUCAUGAGUGACAUUUAUGAAGCAGUCCCGGAUUCAUUCUUAUUGAAGUAUAACAAUUCAGUAAUUAAAAUUUAUAGUCAACUUGGAGCCAAUGAGAGCUUGUACUGCCUCCCAAACAAAAAUGGUACUACCAAAUUAUACAAAAAUAUCCUAUCACCGUUAAUAAGGCAUAGAAUUCAGUGGUUUGAUCAAUAUGACAGAUCUCUUUUCACCAAGUCCAACAAAACAGAAAGGCACGAAUUGAUAGGAGGUUCGACGCUACAAAUAUCCACAAUGGUUUCGGAGGACACGGGAAUGUAUAGAUGCCACGUGACCACACCGACCAGACAUAAUUACGUUUAUUACAAUAAUCUGACAGUCUACAGAGUUGCGAGUGUUGGCAUAAAAAUGCCUUUCACGUACAGAUCGAACGCCAGUUGUGAUUAUCUACUGUCAGUGUCCGUGGUAACUAUUGCCGAACUUAACCAGAAGUUAUGUUCGGAGUUUGAAAAUUAUGCUGGCAAGAUAAGUGAACUAUAUUCCGAAUGUGAGGAACCGCUAAUUAGGUACCUAACGACAUGCCUAACGUACGGUUACGUUGGCGAUUGUCCAGGUGGUCAAAAGGUUUUGGAUAAGAUGAAUUCCCUAUUGAAAAUUAUCGUUUUAACACCUCCUUGUGAUUUUGACAACUUUUACAAAUCUGAGAACAAUGACAACAAAAAUGAAUUUGAUGUUACGAAAGAACAAGCGGAGAAUAAUAUUGAACAAGUUCUUCCACUUCUUUCACUUUUAGAGCAAAUAUCUUUUGAAGAUAAUUAUACUUUAGAAAUGGUACCAAGUAGAUAUAGAAAGCAAAAACAGUUUCAAUACUUUUGUCCAGUUGGUUUUUAUCACUGCUUUCAAUGUAUAGAUACAGUUGUGGAGCACAUGUGUCUGCCGUGCAAGCCUGGAACUGCAAAUGAUGAUAUUUAUCAUGAUACAUGUGAACAGUGUCCCAUUGAUACUUUCCAAUUCAAAUAUGGCGCAAAGGAGUGCUACUACUGUCCUGAAAAUACAGGCACGAAGUUAAGGAUGGCUUCAACAUCGCAUACCAAUUGCACCAGGAAGUACAGUGGAAAGAGUUUAACGUUGUGGUUGUGCCACAUCAUGGUCAUGGCCAUCGUCGGUGUCAUAGUUGUUCUUUCCAUGCUUGGUAUCGUCAUCUUACUUGGUAAUUAUUUGAAACUCUCCAAGUCGCCAUUUCUGACGCUAGAAAAUAUAAAUGAGGAAAACGUGGACGUUGCUGCUGCUAAAAAUAUGUACCCCAGAAAACUAAUAAAAGGAUUAAAAUUGAAUUAUUUGAAUAAUUAA